AUGGAGCAGAUUCAACAGGAGCAAGUCGCCUUCAGGGAAGAGUUGGAUUCCAUGAAAGGAAAGAUUGACCAGAUCCUCGAAGCCAUCCUCACAGCCAGGAGAGAGGAAGAACAGCGUGAAGCCGCCGCUGUCGUCAAUGGACAAGGGUCUACUGCCAUCCCUUUGGCCCCAAUUCCGAAUUCUCAUGGGAUGCCGUUGAACUUCAACAACACAGUCGAGGGAAACACUUCUCAGCCAAUCCCAGUGCCUGGAGUUACUGUUGGAGUGAUCCCGCACGCCCAGCCCGCUGCUGUGCAAAUCCCGGUUCCUCAUGUCGAAGAUACUUUGAUGGAUCAGUAUGACGAUGUUCAGAACUAUCAUGCUGCUAUCCCCAUUUCCAGUCCUAUUGCUGCUCAGGAUUCAGAAGCUAUGAAGAUGUGCCGAGAUCUAGCCGAGAAACUCCGAGCCAUGGAGGGGCAUAACUCAAAUUCUUUCAGUGCUCUGGAAUUGUGCUUGGUGCCUGAUGUUGUCAUUCCUCCCAAGUUCAAAGUGCCGGAAUUUUCGAAGUACAAAGGUCUUAGUUGCCCAAACAUUCAUCUAAAGAUGUACUGUCGCAAGAUGGCUGCCUAUGCCAGAGACGAGAAGCUCAUGAUCCAUUGCUUCCAAGACAGCUUGUCUGGGGCAUCACUCGAAUGGUAUAUGCAGCUGGAGCGUAAUAGUGUGCGCACUUGGGCCGAGCUAGCCGAUGCAUUUGUCAAGCAGUACAAGUACAACACCGACCUUGCUCCUAAUCGUACUCAGCUUCAGAGUAUGACUCAGAAGGACAACGAAUCCUUCAAGGAGUACGCGCAACGAUGGAGAGAGCUAGCCGCAAGGGUGCAUCCACCUCUUGUUGACCGUGAACUUAUUGACAUCUUCAUGGGUACCUUGCAAGGCCAGUACUACGAAAAGCUGAUCGGUAGUGUCUCCGCUGGAUUCUCUGACUUGGUGAUCGUCGGUGAGAGAAUUGAGGAAGGGCUGAAGAGCGGGAAGAUCCCAGGAGGUUCUAACAGUCAGGCUAGCGCCAAGAGGCCUUUUAAUGGAUACAAGAAGAAGGAGGGUGAAACAAAUGCCAUCUUCGUGCAGAAAGGGCAAGCUUCUCAACAAGCUCCUGCUCCUAUGCCUUAUCAACUUAUCGUUGACCUCCAAGAUGAGCAAGGUCACAUGCUCCAAGCAAUGCCAUCUUAUUGA